UGCAGGGUACCCCGCGCAGUGAGCUUAACCAAGGUUUAAUAAUAGUGAUCUAGUCAAGAAAUAUAGAGAGACCAAGGAAGAAAGAGGAAUAUCCCAAAAAAAAAAAAAAAGAACUGGCUUGUAUAGGGUAUCAUUAUCAAAUGCCUGCUAAUGCGUCGAACUGCGAUGGCUUCUUCCCCCCAGGCACCUCUCCUGUGCACUGUCAAGCCAGCUUGUCCGUCCUCGUCCAGACCAGACAUCUCCUGCGUCUAGACCGAUCUCAGAAAAGUAUUGUAGAACAUAAUAGUGAUAAUAGUAGUAGUGGUGGUAGUGGUCGAUGUAGCAAUGGCGGUGGCAAUGGAAGGAAUGCAGGAACAAAAUCUAUGAGUCCAAGCCACCAUCCCAGGCGGAGAGAGAGAGGGGGAAGAAAAGGGAAAAAGGGAAAAAGAGAAAAUAAAAAAAAAAUAAAAAAAAAGUAAAGAAGAUGACAGAAAAUCCAAUCCAAAAGGAGCCAAACACCCAUGCUGAGAAACCAGGGGCGCCUCCAGAACGCACGUCUCAUGCAUUA